GGAGCGGUGGAUCUCGGGGCGGGGGGCGGGGGGCGCAACUCUGGGCCCCAGGUGCUGCCGGCGCCCCAGCCCGCCGCCGAGCGCCCGCGACGCCCCCGGCUCCGCCGCUUGCGAGCCGCCGCCGGCACCCCGGGGUGGGGGAGGGCAGGAGCCGGAGCCGCCGCCAGCCCCACGUGGGAAGAAAAAAGCACAAGAAGAAACUUGCACCGCCCCCGUCUGCUUGACAGUUACGCCGAUUCCCGCAAAUCGAAGUAGAGAAUUCUAAUACUGAUGGUCAACCAUAUAGAAGAUUACUUGAACCUAUAGGUUUUUGAAGAAUUAUUUCAAAAGAUCCAAAAAAAACACAAAAGGAAUUAUCCUGGAUAUGCUUGGGGAACCAUAUCAGAUGCUGGGGAUUGAACCCAGGUCAGCCUUGUGCAAAGCAAGCAACCUUUCCUCAUUUCUCCAGCCCCAGCAGUUUAUUUUUCAGAUAGAAGGAGAAGUACAAAUGUCUACCACAAGACGAAAACGUAGUAUGUUAUGUUGUUUACCGUAAGCUAUAGUAAAAUGAGCUCGAUUGUUGACAGAGAUGAUGGUAGUAUUUUUGAUGGGUUGGUGGAAGAAGAUGACAAGGACAAAGCAAAAAGAGUAUCUAGAAACAAAUCUGAAAAGAAACGUAGAGAUCAGUUUAAUGUUCUCAUUAAAGAAUUGGGAUCCAUGCUUCCUGGUAAUGCCAGAAAGAUGGACAAAUCUACUGUUCUACAGAAAAGCAUCGAUUUUUUACGAAGACAUAAAGAAAUCACCGCACAGUCAGAUGCUAGUGAAAUCCGACAGGACUGGAAACCUACAUUCCUUAGUAAUGAAGAGUUUACACAAUUAAUGUUAGAGGCUCUUGAUGGUUUUUUUUUAGCAAUCAUGACAGAUGGAAGCAUAAUAUAUGUGUCUGAGAGUGUAACUUCAUUACUUGAACAUUUACCAUCUGAUCUUGUGGAUCAAAGUAUAUUUAACUUUAUCCCAGAGGGGGAGCAUUCAGAGGUUUAUAAAACACUCUCUACCCAUCUGCUGGAAAGUGAUUCAUUAACCCCGGAAUAUUUAAAAUCAAAAAAUCAGUUAGAAUUCUCUUGUCAUAUGCUUCGAGGAACAAUAGACCCAAAGGAACCAUCUACUUAUGAAUAUGUAAAAUUUAUAGGAAAUUUCAAAUCUUUAAAUAGUGUAUCCACUUCAGCACACAAUGGUUUUGAAGGAACUAUACAACGCACACAUAGACCUUCUUAUGAAGAUAGAGUUUGCUUUGUAGCUACUGUCCGAUUAGCUACACCUCAAUUCAUUAAGGAAAUGUGCACUGUUGAAGAACCUAAUGAAGAGUUUACAUCUAGACAUAGUUUAGAAUGGAAAUUUCUAUUUCUAGAUCACAGGGCACCACCAAUAAUAGGAUAUUUGCCAUUUGAAGUUCUGGGAACAUCAGGCUAUGAUUACUAUCAUGUGGAUGACCUAGAGAAUUUGGCAAAAUGCCAUGAGCACUUGAUGCAGUAUGGGAAAGGCAAAUCAUGUUAUUAUAGGUUCCUAACUAAAGGACAGCAGUGGAUUUGGCUUCAGACUCAUUAUUAUAUCACUUAUCAUCAGUGGAAUUCAAGACCAGAGUUUAUUGUUUGUACACACACUGUAGUAAGUUAUGCAGAAGUUAGGGCUGAAAGACGACGAGAACUUGGCAUUGAAGAGUCUCUUCCUGAGACAGCUGCUGACAAAAGCCAAGAUUCUGGGUCUGAUAAUCGUAUAAACACAGUCAGUCUUAAGGAAGCUUUGGAAAGGUUUGAUCACAGCCCAACCCCUUCUGCCUCCUCCCGGAGUUCAAGAAAAUCAUCUCACACAGCAGUCUCAGAUCCUUCCUCAACACCAACAAAGAUCCCAACCGAUACUAGCACUCCCCCGAGACCGCAUUUAUCAACUCAUGAGAAGAUGGCACAGAGGAGGUCAUCAUGUAGUAGUCAGUCCAUAAAUUCCCAGUCUGUUGGUCAGUCAUUAACACAGCCAGUGAUGUCUCAAGCUGCAAAUUUACCAAUUCCACAAGGCAUGUCCCAGUUUCAGUUUUCAGCUCAAUUAGGAGCCAUGCAGCAUCUGAAAGAUCAGCUGGAGCAGAGAACACGGAUGAUAGAAGCAAAUAUUCACCGACAACAGGAAGAACUAAGGAAAAUUCAAGAACAGCUUCAGAUGGUCCAUGGUCAAGGGCUGCAGAUGUUUUUUCAACAAUCAACCCCUGGACUGAAUUUUGGUUCUGUUCAGCUUUCUUCUGGAAAUUCAUCUAAUAUCCAGCCACUUGCAUCUAUAAAUAUGCAAGGCCAGGUUGUUCAAACUAACCAGAUUCAAAGUGGAAUGAAUUCUGGACACAUUGGCACAAAUCAGCACAUGAUACAACAGCAGACCUUACAGAGUACGCCAAGUCAGCAGAGUCCACAAACGGUCCUGAGUGGGCACAGUCAGCAAACGUCUCUUCCCAGUCAGACACAGAGCACUCUGGCCACCCCGCUGUAUAACACUAUGGUGAUUUCUCAGCCAGCAGCUGGCAGCAUGGUCCAGAUGCCAUCAAGCUUGCCACAGAACAGUGCCCAGAGUGCAGCCGUGACAACUUUCACUCAGGAUAGGCAGAUCAGGUUUCCCCAAGGUCAGCAGCUUGUGACCAAAUUAGUAACUGCCCCCGUGGCCUGCGGGGCAGUCAUGGUCCCGAGCACCAUGCUCAUGGGUCAGGUGGUCACCGCCUACCCGUUUGCACCCCAGCAGCAGCCGCCGCCGCAGCAGAGUUCCCAGGAGCAGCAGCUCCCCGCAGCUCAGCAGCCGUCUCCAGCACCACUGACCCAGGCACCGCAGCCGUUCUUACAGACUUCUAGGUUGCUUCACGGGAAUCCUUCAGCUCAGCUUAUCCUCUCUGCUGCAUUUCCACUACAACAGAGCACUUUCCCUCAGUCACAUCACCAGCAACACCAGUCUCAGCAGCAGCAGCAGCAGCUGGCUCGGCACAGGACUGACGGUUUGACUGAUCCUUCCAAGGUCCAACCACAGUAGCCACCUCUGACCUCAAAGAAGGAAGGGGUUGAUCCAUAAGGAAUUUCUCAGAUGAUCUGAGGAGAGGAGGACAAGUUCCAGCACUUGCUGAGAUGCAGUAUAGAGUGUUCUAGUUUCCGGAAUCACUUAGGGAAAAUGCUGCCUAGUGCUAAAGAUGUACAUUAAUACCAGCCUGCAGGAGGGAAUCAUAGGGCCAUAGCCAAUUCUGACAGUGUUUUACUUGCCCAGAUACUUUUGAUGGAAAGAGGAGUAUAUUGCCAAAUGUUUAGCUCAGCUAAGAACACGACCUCCAGUGAAUCAGAAAGGCACUGAUGAUGUUAGUAACUUUAGUGGUUCUGUGCCUAUUUUCCAGUGUUACAGAGGACACACCACUGCCAUGUCAGGGGUUUGCUCACAGUGAUGCCAUGCAGACAGUCCAGUAGACUCAGUAGUUCCCUUCCCAGCCUUCCCCCUGGUCAGAUAAUGAUGGAAUAGUGAUUAGUUUGAGAAUGUUGUGUGAGUUCCUAUUCUCUAUGUACAGAUGCUGUAAAAAUAAUAUGUAUAUGUCUGGAUAAAAGGAGAGAAAGCAAAACUUUUGUAUGCUGCAUGAAAGCAUUAUCUCCUCCUUAUAGGUAUAUUUCCUUAGAUUCUGAUACCAUGUGCAAAAUGAAUACAUCCUCCAUUUCCCUUUUGUUUACAACAGACAUAGUGUUCUAGUCACUUUCCGGGGCACAAGUCUUUUUGUUCAUACUUUGGCUGUGACGUCACAGUUCGUUUUGUGAGGUAUGAUGUGCUGCUGGGAAUGAUUUAUUUUUUUCAGGUUAAAUUAUUGAAACUACAGGAUUUUGAAGUUAUUCAGAAAUAUCCCUCAUUUCAUUGUUUUUCAAUUAUGUUUGAAAAUAGGAUUUGCACUGUUGUUGUUUUUUUUAAAGAUGGUUGGAAGUUUUGAUCACAUAUUUUGAUACAGUUCAUAGUUGGAAAUAGUUGUGUAAGUGGUUUUCAACAAGACUGAAAGUAAUUUCAAGAAUGUUUGUUAUAGGAGUAAAAUUUGCACACAAAACAUUUUUGGCACUUUUUAACAUUCUCACUGGUGGGAAUUUUAACUUUUAAGAUUUAUUGCAAUCUUUUUAUUAUCCUUCACAAUUUCAAUGCUUCUUUUAGUCAGAAAUGAUUCAGGGUUAGAGAGGAAAAACCCAUAGUGCCUUGAUUUUGAUUCAGGUGAGAAUUCACCAUCUUGAAUUUGCUGUCUGGCUUCAGUAACAGUUUCAGAACCUUAGUACAUUUUUCACAGCAUGUGGGUGUCAGUGCCAUUAUUAUUCUCCUAAGUUCUAUGAAGACUGUCUGGGUCUCUUGGACUGGAGGUACAAAUAAGUUAGAAAUAAAAGAUGACACCCCACUCCUGUAUUAAAGUGAUUGCAAAGUUGCUUUCCUAGUCUUCAUCAUCCAUUAAAGCUAAAUAUUCGUUAAAGAAUUACCAGUGAAUAUUUGUUCCGUAUAAUCUUGAUGUUCCUACAGAAGACAAAAAAAGGGGUCAGGAAUUCUCUUUGCUUUCACUUGUAACACUAGAAUAUUCUCACUCAUGUGCUUUCUAAACAACCUAAGAUUUCUUUUCCUAUUCUAGAGGUAAUCAAGGCCAACAGAAAUUGCCUAUAUUCAAACAAGCAUUUCCUAGGUCUUGUGGUACUAAUAAAUUUAUAAUUUCACAGAAAGUUAAAAAUAGCUUCUGUAAUAAUUAGAAGAUACUACUGAAGAAAGGGAAAACAGCAAGCGAUAAUAACUCAGAAUUGAUCCUAACCAAAAAUGUGGAACAGAUUUGGGAUUGCUGAGCAGAAAACUUUUCUAGAAUUGAAAAUAACCUGACUCACAUUUAACUAGAUACAGGAGCCCAAGAAUUCUUUUAGUUCUUAAUACUUUUCUGAUCUCAGCUUUGCUGCCAUCCUCAUACUUUGUCUUUCUUUAGAAAACUACCCAGCUACAUUUAAAUUAGAAAUACUGAAAAAUAAAACUACCAAAGAAAGUUGGUACCUACCCUUCUACAAAAGAAGUGUCAUUAGAUACCAAACUCUAACAUAUCGAGAAGCACCUCUUCUAGUAAAGUGAGCAUCCAAGAGAGGAUGCUGACUUCCCCUGAAGCUGUUGGAACCGAAGGUGUGUGUGAGCACACGUCCAGACAGAACUGAUAGGGAGCAUGGCAACAGUAUUUAUUUCUUCCCUUUCCAAUGGCCUUUCUCUACCUUAGCACGUUGUUCUGUUUCUAUGAGUUGUGCCUCAUUAGUUUAUUGGUGAUGUCUAGUGAUAAGGAUUUAGAUGAUGAGAUAUGAAGAGCUAUAAUUUUGAGGUUUAUCCUCUAAAUGCAGUAAAGAAAGCAAACUAUAGGUAGAUCACAAAAGCAAACCAUACUCAGAUGAGCCAUUGGUAGAUUGGCUGACUAUUAAUUCACAUUCUCCAAUACUCCCUUUAAGUAUUUUUCAUCCUGACAAAUACAGUAAUCAGUAACCAAUUUUUUGUUUAGUAAUUCCUGACCUCCCCUCCCCCGUCCUACAGCACCCCCCCCCACACACACAAGACACAGUCCUGAUUAUUGGAUUUCAAGAAGCAGUUUACAUUUUUCCUGUCUCUUAUAGAUGUUGUCAGAAGAAUUUAAUAAGCAUCAACUGCCUCUUGGCUCAUAGUUUUCCUUCUGCUUCUCAAACUUAACCAUUGCAAAGCUGGCCCUGCCCCGCCCUGCCCUCGAUCCCAAGAAUUGACACGAGCAUACUGAAGAAGAUUCUGCAUUUGUCUAUACUUCGUUCCUUUUUGUAGCCAGUGUCCAUUAAAAUCCCAAAGUCAUGAAAAAAAUACCAAAUUAGGAGCACUUUUUAGCUACUGAAAAAAAAAAGAAAAAUCUUCCCUCAGCUUUAGUCUGAUUAGACAUAGAUUUUCUUUUUUAAAAAAAUUUAUGUAUGUUUAUAAACUGGGUAGCACUUUAGGAUAGCACCUUGUUGCAGAGAAGGAAGACCUUUCGCAGUUCUCUUUUUGCAGUUCUCUUGCUUGUGAUGGUUGUGAGUGGCUCCGAGGACUGUUUAUCAACAGCCCACAAGAAGGGAGUUGCUAGCAUCUGUUGCUUAGAGUGGUAUGAAAUCAGAAUCUACACUCCAAAGUACUCCAGUUUUUUUUGGUGAAAAAUCUUGGAGGGAAGCAAAUACAGGGGUGAGGUAGUAUGUAAGUAAAUGGUGCAGUUCUUUCGUAAGUGUUGUCUUAGGUGAAGGGAUCACUGGUAUCCCAUGUUCUGCUCUCACUUGAAUCUGGCACUUGUGCGGGUAAGGCCAAGAUCCUGGUGACCGAAUGUGGUGUUCAGAACUCUCAGUGCUGGCUCCCGAGAGGUUCCCUGCAUUCUCCAGAAGUGCUCGAGCUGGCCGUUGCCUUAAAGCAGUGCACUUGCUGACCGUGUGGGCAGACACCGACAUGCCCUGCAGCUCGCUGAGGCAGUUGUACAAUCUGGCCCGCACUGCAUCCCCCUGCCCACCGUGUUUCCUUCCUGAAGCCCCCCAUCCUCCUCUCUGGACCCUAGUCUCAUGCCCCAGUCACCCUGUGUCCCCCUUGAAUACCACGGAGCCAUGAGAAAUGCUUGCUCUAAAGGCCGUUGUGGGUCACAGGGAAAUGAAGGCUGUGUCAGGAAGCUGUAAAGAGGCCCACUAUUGGCCCUGCUCUGCACAGGGGGCAGUCAGGUUAGACCAGAUAUCACCCAACUUUCUUUGGUUGUGUAUUAGGCAGAUUUGGGAUUUUGUUUGCUUUUGUGGUGCCAAGAACUGAACCCAGGGUUCACACAUGUGUGGCAUGCAGCUUUACCACUGAGGCAGCCACAGCCCUACCCAGUGUAUUGCAAAAGGUUUCCACUACAUUGAGAGUGACUUUUUUUAAGUGGAAAACAAGUAGCAUCUUACUCUAGAACUGCUCACUUCUUUUUUGCUUUCUGUUUUCUUUGGUGAUUCAAAGUCUGUUGAUGGACAUCUGUGUAAAAUUCACUCAAAAUUCUAUGACCUUUCCAGUAUCGGGGACUCUGUUCUUUAGUCCCUCAGGAGUUAAUGUUGGAAGGUAGAAACACUGGAUAUUAUUAUUGCUGAGUGAGUCUAGUCAGGAAUAAGUUGAUCGGAGCUUUUAAACUGUUAGGAGAGAAAUAGCACAAAGGCACAUGCCCUCUCAGUAGUGAUCAGAGAAAAGAACCUUUUAAGUUUGUUUCAGUUGGGUGAACAUUCUUCUAAAAGGAGCUUCUAGAGUAAUUAAUUGCAGAGGAAAAGAGUUGACUAUUUUUAUAGCGUAUUUAAUAUAUUUGUAUAUAACUAUGAAUAUUAUAUAGUAGGAACCUUCCCCAUGCCUCCCUCUUUUCUAAUUUCCUCCCCCCUUCGCCAUAGCACUAGUAUCGCCUCAUCCGCAUGGGUACUGUGCCUACCGCCAGCCUACCAAGAGAUAGUGCUGCUGCUUUCUGAGACAGGUGAGACGCCCCGACUCUCAUGCCUGGGGAUCCUUUACACAGGAAUAGCACACAACGUCACACAACACAACAGUCCAAACGCAUCCUUUUAAACGUUAACAAGCACUUUAUUGCAACUAUCCAUUUUGAUAAAGUUUAUUGUCUUAGGCAUUACCGUUUCUAAAGGAUCCCCCAAAUCAUCACUUAGGUGAAAAUUUAAAAUGACACAUUUCUGAGAAAUGUUUAGAUCCAGUGAACCAUAGUAGGUUUAUGGGAGUGACUUCAAGGUAGCCAAAUGAACUCUGGCUUUUGUUUUGAAUGUGGUGGUCAAGAGACUGUAGUCGCCUCGUUCCAUUUAGACAUUGUAAACCUUUCUUGCCUAUUACUCGUGUGGACACCCAAAGAGACCAAUGAGCCUGUUUGUUUUCAGAGGUCUAGGAAAAUUGCAUCAAUGUGAAUAGAUGUCUAGAGCUGACCUAAAAGUGAAUGGUGUAAUAUUUUAGAAUGUAAUAAUUUCAAGAAUUAUUCUGGGUGUUUUAAAUGUGUUCUGAAAUGUUGGCAUGUCAUUUCAGUGUUUCCAUUUGAAUUGCUCUUGUAAUGUUUUUGCACAAAAAGACUGAGAAAAAAUACUACUUUGGUUGAAGAAAUAUAAUUUGGUCCUAUUUUAAUGUCUCCUGUGGAAACACUGGGAGUGAGUUUUGUUGGAAGGUAUUAAGAUAUUUUAAAAAAUGUUGAACCACUCACCAAAAAAUUAAGCAAAGUUAAAUAUUUAAAAACUUUUCCUUGUGACUGUUUUGCACAUUUCCCCCUGUGUCAUGAUUUCACACUACAUUCCUUGUAUUUCUUAAAUAAAAUGAUACUCUACAGGUUUUGUUUUGAGUAUUUAACAAUACUCUGUAAGCUGCCUGGGUUUUCCUAAGGAAACGUUCUUUAGUGAAAUAUAGGAUAUAGUUUAGGAAGAGACUAUGAAGUGAAAUUUCAUCACCACCACCAGCAAACACUGAGGGUGCUUGCAUUUUGUGACAAUCAAAAUAGUAUUUAUGGAAGAAUUUAAAACGUGGUUUUAAAGAAGCAAUUGCUUUGAAAGCAUUUCUCUGGGUUUCUUGAAUAAAAAUGGCUAAAUGUAUUUAUUUAUAUUUUAAAAUAUUUUUAUGUUGUUUUGUCAUCAAAGCGAUUUCCCAGUGUCAUGUAUUUGAUUUGUGGUUUGUUAUGUUUUGCCAUGUCAAUCUUGUACGGAGAGACCUGGCCCCUUCUCUGGGGCCGUCUCCAGCCCUUGCCUCUUCUCGGGCAGGCGGGUGUUUGCUGUCAGAACCCUGGGAUGGCCCAGCCCAGGGGCUCUGCACUGCUUGCCCUCUUCACAGCUCAUUUAAAAAAAUAAUAUCCUUUCAAAUUCCCAUAUAGCUCCAACCUUUUUCUAGUUUCACUUGCUGCCUUUUCUAUUUCAUGGGCACUUUUUAUACAAUUGACUUCCCCAACACAGCCAAAGGCCAGUAUGACAGAACCAGUGGCACACAUUGUUUUCUUAAAAAGCAUCUUCCAGUAGCUGUCAUGAUUAUGCCCGUACUGAAACUCACUUAGUCUUUAAGUACAGGUGGAGCAAUUGUAUCUACUGUAAUCUUUUACAAGAAAAUGUUUGCUAACUUUCUUUAUAUAGUAUGUUACUAUGUUGCUUGAUCCUUUUUUAAAAACCUUCAUGUACAGCACUGUCCAUUAAGGCAGUGUUUGACAUUUCAAAGCCUAGAGCUGGUACUUCUCCUGGUGCACUUUGAAACAUGACAUCUCUACUUUAGGGUUCCCACUCGGGCUCCCCAGUCCUACAGGGCAGGCACAGGGCUGCCUGCCUCGCGUGUAGGGCUCCUCGGAGAGUGGUGAUUAAAGCACAUCAACCACCAGUUGGAUAGGAUGUUGACAUCUGACUUAAAUUGAAGAUGUGAUGUUUUCAGAUAAUAUAAUUCUUUUAAAUUAUCUGAGGACACAAACUGACAUCAUUUGAAAAACAGUGUUCAAAUGCUUCUGUGUGGUUUUGAGUUGGCUGGUACUGGUGCAAGUUCACUGCUGGCAAUGGUUGGCUGUGUCAGUCUUAAAGCAUUAAAAUGUAAAGAAAACUACAUUACUCAGAAUGAUGAUCUGAAUACACCAUCUCCCCAUCAGCAAAAAAAAAAAAAAAAAAAGAUUACCAAGAGAUGACAAUUUUCUUUUAAUGGGUAUCAGCCACAACUGCAAUUUAGACCAUUUUAGAAUUAUUUUGAGAACUAUUUUCCCACAGUGUAAGUUGGGGAAGGGCCUCAGUAAGGCACUCUUUGUAAAGAUUGAAGCCCAAAGAUGAGUUCAAUUCAGUGCUGUAUUCAAUCCAGUUCGUGCAAAAAAUGUUUAUCUUUGUAAAGUUUUUGUUAACAUCGGUUGGUAGUUUUACAAACAAAACCAAAUUCUUUCUAAUGUUAUGUGUUGGUUCUUAGUGUGCUACUCUUUGACAUUGCUGUCCUUACUGCUUGGUUCUCCGUUUUUAAGUAAGUUAGAUGUAGCCCCUCAUUCUUAUGUUCCCAAAGGGUGGAGCUGUGUAGAGCUAGCAGGUCUUGAAAUGCCUAUUUUCCUAAAGCAGAUGUUGAAUGAAAGCCCAAAUUGAUUUUCAUUGACAUUUCCCAGGUGUUUUCCCAAAUCCAAAGUUGCGCAGAAGCAUGAAAGAAUACUGAAUGGUUUCAACGGUGCUAUAUUAGGUUCUUUGCUGAUUUUCAUGAGCUAUGUUUGGAAACACAUUAUUGUACAAAAUAUGUGGGUCAUUUUGUUACCAGUUGAAUAUUGCCAUUUUAAUUUGGUGUUACGAUUGGUUAUAGUUGUUUUUCAAAGCUUUCCUUUGAGAAAAAGGUAAAAUACAUUAUUAGCCUACCUCCACUCAGGCCUCUUGCUGUAUAAUCACUUUUCCAGGUUUGAUGUGCAGUUUCUAAAAACUACAUGUACUAUUAUAAUGUUCUUUCCCAUAGACUCUUGUAAUGUAUUCAGAACCGAAAAUUAUAGCAAAAGAGCCAAGCAGUAGCAUUGUUUAUUUUGUAAAUGUAAAAAUAAUUAGAUGCAAACCUUGUUUCCUUAUUCAAUUUUAAAAAUAAAAAAUACCUCAGUGCUAUGUUUUUCAGUAUCACCUGCAGUUCUCAAAAAAAAAAAAUCAAGACCUGCUUUAUGUGGCACAUAACUUGUAAGAAUCACACUAUUUUGGAUUUUAAAGAAAGACUAUUAAAUAUUUUAAAAUCACUA